AUGUCUACUGUUCGCAUUAUCAAGCAUGGUUCUGAUGUUUUCCAGUACGCGAGUGUCAAUUUGUGUACAGCUUUGAGGACAGGUGUACGCCUUUGUCUUUUUGUCUUUGUUCAACAACAUCUGCUGAUCCGCCCUUCUCCUAUGGAGCAAGCAGUGCUUUCCUUGGGAAAAGUGGCUUGGUCGUUCAUGAUGUUGCCGAGCGACCGUUAUCUCUGA